UGGUCUCCAUGCAUCUUCUCCAAAUACAGCAGAUUGACUUGCACAGGGCUUUGAUGACUAAAGCAUUCCAGAGUGAUGACUUCUUGGGUUCUGCUUAACUUUGCUGUGGUUGCUGCUAUCCCAGGGGCUGGCAAAGGGAAGAUGUUCAGGCUUCUUACGCUGCCGGAUACUUCUGAGGCAUUUUCCACAUGACACUUGUAGUGUCUGGAGUCUGAGGGAAUGGAGAGAAGGAUGGACCACUUUUAAUUACAAUGCACAGUUAAGUAUAUCACAAGUUAACUCUGGUCCUGAACACGAUUCCCGGAGUUAAGCACUGAAACAGAUGAAGCAGUUCUGCAGCUUCUCGUCCUGGGCUGGGAAUGCCAAGAGGAGCCUAACUUUGUGGUUUUACAAGACGGUUUAGGGCGCUUCCUGAAGCUGUAAGAAAACUUAUGACCAAUAACAGCACAUCUCAUGGACUGAUUUAGCGAUGGCAGCUAACCUGCUAACUGGAGAGAAUGAGGACGUGAGUUGUGCCAGAAUGGAUGGCGUCACUAACCCCCCUAACCUAGGAUGAUCUUUUUUGUGUUUGUACUGGUGAUGUUAUCAGAGCCUGGGGAAGAGAGGUGGAACCCUAACCUGGCAUCAUAAAAGUUCAUUUUGGAAGUGGAUUACUGCUCAGAUUGCAAGAAUAACAAGAGUGCUGAGAGCCCAAUUUGUAGGAGCCAUGGAAGAGUCUUCCCAACCUGCUAAACCCCUGGAGAUGAACCCUCAUUCUCGCUUUAUUAUUGGCUCUGUGUCAGAGGAUAACUCAGAAGAUGAAACGAGCUCCUUGGUGAAACUGGAUCUGCUAGAGGAGAAAGAGAGGUCUUUGUCGCCUGUAUCUGUCUGCUCGGAUUCCCUUUCAGAUCUAGGACUUUCUAAUGCUCAAGAUGGCCUGGCAAGUCAUAUGAGGCCCAGUAUGUCUGGUUUACACCUUGUAAAGCAAGGCCGGGACAGGAAGAAAGUUGAUGUGCAGCGGGAUUUCACUGUGGCUUCUCCAGCAGAAUUUGUUACUCGUUUUGGAGGGAAUAAAGUUAUUGAAAAGGUCCUGAUAGCAAAUAAUGGCAUUGCAGCAGUGAAAUGCAUGAGGUCCAUCCGGCGGUGGUCCUACGAGAUGUUUCGAAAUGAGCGAGCCAUCAGAUUUGUUGUCAUGGUGACUCCUGAGGAUCUGAAGGCAAAUGCAGAGUAUAUUAAAAUGGCAGAUCACUACGUCCCAGUUCCAGGAGGAACCAACAACAACAACUAUGCAAAUGUGGAACUCAUUCUUGAUAUUGCUAAGCGGAUUCCAGUGCAGGCUGUGUGGGCUGGCUGGGGCCAUGCAUCUGAGAACCCUAAACUUCCAGACCUUCUCCACAAAAAUGGCAUUGCUUUCAUGGGUCCUCCAAGCCAAGCAAUGUGGGCCCUAGGAGAUAAAAUUGCUUCUUCAAUAGUGGCUCAGACUGCUGGCAUCCCAACCCUUCCUUGGAGUGGCAGUGGUCUUCGAGUAGACUGGCAGGAAAAUGAUCUUCAGAAGCGUAUCUUGAAUGUUCCUCAGGAACUAUAUGAAAAAGGCUACGUGAAAGAUGCAGAUGAUGGACUGCGGGCUGCUGAGGAGGUUGGUUACCCUGUCAUGAUCAAGGCCUCUGAAGGAGGAGGAGGAAAAGGAAUUAGGAAAGUUAACAAUGCAGAUGACUUCCCCAAUCUGUUUAGACAGGUUCAAGCUGAAGUCCCAGGCUCUCCAAUCUUUGUAAUGAGGCUAGCCAAACAGUCCCGCCAUUUGGAGGUGCAGAUCCUGGCAGAUCAGUAUGGCAAUGCCAUCUCUCUCUUUGGCCGGGAUUGCUCCGUGCAGCGCAGGCACCAGAAGAUUAUUGAGGAAGCACCUGCUUCUAUUGCGACUUCAGUGGUGUUUGAGCACAUGGAACAGUGUGCAGUGAAGCUUGCCAAAAUGGUGGGAUAUGUGAGUGCAGGCACUGUGGAAUACCUGUACAGCCAGGAUGGCAGUUUCUACUUUCUGGAGCUGAACCCCCGGCUGCAGGUGGAGCACCCCUGCACAGAGAUGGUGGCUGAUGUUAAUCUGCCAGCAGCGCAGCUCCAGAUUGCCAUGGGGAUUCCCCUCCACAGGAUCAAGGAUAUCCGAGUGAUGUACGGUGUUUCUCCGUGGGGAGAUGCAGCUAUUGAUUUUGAGAAUUCAGCCCAUGUUCCCUGUCCACGUGGCCAUGUCAUUGCUGCACGUAUCACCAGUGAGAAUCCUGAUGAGGGAUUUAAACCCAGUUCUGGUACAGUUCAGGAACUGAAUUUCCGCAGCAAUAAGAAUGUCUGGGGCUAUUUCAGUGUUGCUGCUGCAGGAGGGCUUCAUGAAUUUGCUGAUUCUCAGUUUGGUCACUGCUUCUCUUGGGGAGAAAACCGUGAAGAAGCCAUCUCAAACAUGGUAGUGGCUUUGAAGGAGCUGUCCAUCCGAGGGGAUUUCCGAACCACUGUUGAGUACUUGAUUAAACUGUUGGAAACAGAAAGCUUCCAGCAGAACCGCAUUGACACUGGCUGGUUGGAUCGACUUAUUGCUGAGAAAGUUCAGGCUGAAAGGCCGGAUACCAUGCUGGGAGUGGUGUGUGGAGCUCUGCAUGUGGCUGAUGUGAGCUUCCGAAACAGUGUCUCAAACUUCUUGCACUCUCUAGAAAGGGGCCAAGUCCUGCCUGCUCAUACUCUGCUGAACACUGUGGAUGUGGAACUCAUCUAUGAAGGACGAAAAUACGUGCUGAAGGUGACUCGACAGUCUCCCAAUUCUUACGUGGUCAUCAUGAACAGCUCAUGUGUAGAAGUUGAUGUGCACCGACUGAGCGAUGGAGGACUGCUUCUAUCUUAUGAUGGUAGCAGCUAUACUACCUACAUGAAAGAAGAGGUGGACAGGUACCGUAUCACUAUAGGUAACAAGACCUGUGUGUUUGAAAAGGAGAAUGAUCCCUCCAUUCUGCGCUCACCUUCAGCUGGGAAGCUUAUCCAGUAUGUGGUGGAGGAUGGGGGACAUGUGUUUGCAGGCCAGUGCUUUGCAGAAAUAGAGGUGAUGAAAAUGGUGAUGACGCUAACAGCAGGAGAAUCAGGCUGCAUCCAUUAUGUCAAACGCCCAGGGGCAGUCUUGGAUCCAGGCUGUGUGAUUGCCAAGCUUCAGCUGGAUGAUCCCAGCAGGGUUCAGCAGGCUGAACUGCACACGGGUACUUUGCCACAGAUCCAGAGCACAGCACUUCGAGGCGAGAAACUCCAUCGCAUCUUCCAUUGUGUCCUAGAUAACCUGGUCAAUGUGAUGAAUGGAUACUGCCUACCUGAGCCCUACUUCAGCAGCAAGGUGAAGGGCUGGGUUGAGCGACUAAUGAAGACCCUGAGGGAUCCAUCUUUGCCUUUGCUGGAACUUCAGGACAUCAUGACCAGUGUUUCUGGACGGAUCCCACCCAACGUAGAGAAGUCCAUCAAGAAGGAGAUGGCCCAGUACGCCAGCAACAUCACAUCAGUCCUUUGCCAGUUUCCCAGCCAACAGAUUGCCAAUAUCUUGGAUAGCCAUGCAGCCACCUUGAACCGCAAAUCAGAGCGUGAGGUCUUCUUCAUGAACACUCAGAGCAUUGUCCAGCUUGUACAGAGGUACCGGAGUGGUAUUCGCGGUCACAUGAAAGCAGUGGUGAUGGAUCUGCUCCGUCAGUAUCUGAAGGUGGAGACUCAGUUUCAGCAUGGUCACUAUGACAAGUGUGUCUUUACCCUUCGGGAAGAGAAUAAAAGCGAUAUGAAUGCUGUAUUGAACUACAUCUUCUCACAUGCUCAGGUCACCAAGAAGAACCUGCUUGUUACCAUGCUCAUUGACCAGCUCUGUGGCCGUGACCCCACCUUGACAGAUGAGCUGAUUAAUAUUCUGACAGAGCUGACCCAGCUCAGCAAGACAACCAACGCUAAAGUGGCCCUGCGAGCACGGCAGGUUCUCAUUGCUUCCCAUUUGCCAUCCUACGAGCUGCGUCACAACCAGGUGGAGUCCAUCUUCCUGUCUGCUAUUGACAUGUAUGGACACCAGUUCUGCAUUGAGAACCUGCAGAAACUCAUUUUGUCGGAGACAUCCAUCUUUGAUGUGCUACCCAACUUCUUCUACCACAGUAAUCAGGUGGUAAGAAUGGCAGCUUUGGAGGUGUACGUUCGAAGGGCAUAUAUUGCCUAUGAGUUAAACAGUGUCCAGCACCGCCAGCUGAAGGAUAACACUUGUGUGGUGGAGUUCCAGUUCAUGCUACCUACCUCCCAUCCAAACAGAGGGAACAUCCCCACGCUAAACAGAAUGUCCUUCUCUUCCAACCUCAAUCACUACGGGAUGGUCCAUGUAGCUAGCGUGAGUGAUGUACUGCUAGACAAUUCAUUCACUCCGCCGUGCCAGCGGAUGGGUGGAAUGGUCUCCUUCCGCACAUUUGAAGAUUUUGUCAGAAUCUUUGAUGAAGUGAUGGGUUGCUUCUGCGACUCUCCUCCCCAGAGCCCAACCUUCCCCGAAGCUGGCCAUGCUUCCUUGUAUGAUGAAGACAAGACUGCUCGUGAGGAGCCCAUUCACAUUCUUAAUGUUGCUAUUAAAACAGACAGUGAUGUUGAUGAUGAUGGGCUGGCAGCCAUGUUCAGAGAGUUCACACAAAGCAAGAAAUCAGUCCUGAUUGAACAUGGGAUUCGGAGGCUGACUUUCCUUGUAGCACAAAAGGACUUCAGGAAACAGGUCAACUAUGAGGUGGAUCAGAGAUUUCAUAGGGAAUUUCCCAAGUUCUUCACAUUCCGUGCCCGGGAUAAGUUUGAGGAAGACAGGAUUUACCGUCAUCUGGAGCCAGCUCUGGCUUUUCAGCUGGAGUUGAAUCGAAUGCGAAACUUUGAUCUCACUGCCAUCCCAUGUGCCAAUCACAAAAUGCAUCUCUACCUGGGAGCAGCUAAAGUUGAAGUGGGGACAGAAGUAACAGACUACAGGUUCUUCGUGAGGGCUAUCAUAAGGCACUCGGAUCUGGUUACCAAGGAAGCCUCGUUUGAAUAUCUGCAAAAUGAGGGAGAGCGAUUGCUUUUGGAAGCCAUGGAUGAAUUAGAAGUAGCAUUUAACAACACCAACGUGCGCACUGACUGCAAUCACAUCUUCUUAAAUUUUGUGCCUACUGUCAUCAUGGACCCCUCUAAGAUUGAAGAAUCUGUGCGGAGCAUGGUGAUGCGCUACGGGAGUCGCCUGUGGAAACUCCGUGUCCUCCAAGCCGAGCUGAAGAUCAACAUUCGUUUGACACCGACUGGGAAGGCGAUUCCCAUUCGUCUGUUCUUGACCAACGAGUCGGGCUACUAUUUGGACAUCAGCCUGUACAAAGAAGUGACAGACUCCAGAACAGGACAGAUUAUGUUCCAGGCAUAUGGGGAUAAACAGGGACCACUUCAUGGGAUGCUGAUCAAUACCCCGUACGUGACCAAAGACCUGCUGCAGUCCAAGAGAUUCCAGGCACAGUCUUUAGGGACGUCAUACGUCUAUGACAUUCCUGAGAUGUUUCGGCAGUCUUUGAUUAAACUCUGGGAUUCUAUGAAUGAACAUGCAUUGCUGCCAACGCCACCGCUGCCUUCUGACAUACUAACAUACACCGAAUUGGUGUUGGAUGAUCAGGGCCAGCUCGUGCACAUGAACAGGCUGCCGGGAGGAAAUGAGAUUGGGAUGGUGGCCUGGAAGAUGACUCUGAAGACCCCCGAGUAUCCAGAAGGCCGUGAUAUCAUUGUCAUUGGCAAUGACAUUACAUACCGAAUAGGUUCUUUUGGGCCCCAGGAGGAUGUGCUGUUCCUGAGGGCUUCGGAGCUUGCUCGAACACAUGGCAUCCCCCGUAUCUACGUGGCUGCCAACAGUGGAGCCAGGAUUGGUUUGGCUGAGGAGAUUCGGCACAUGUUCCACGUAGCUUGGGAAGACCCAGACGACCCAUACAAGGGAUACAAAUACUUGUACCUGACUCCUCAAGACUAUAAGAAAGUCAGUGCCCUGAAUUCAGUUCACUGUGAACACGUGGAGGACAAUGGAGAGUCCAGGUAUAAGAUAACAGAUAUUAUUGGAAAGGAAGACGGACUUGGAAUAGAGAACCUCAGAGGAUCUGGCAUGAUUGCUGGAGAAUCGUCUUUAGCCUAUGAGAGUGUUAUCACCAUCAACUUGGUUACAUGUCGGGCAAUUGGAAUUGGGGCUUACCUUGUUCGGCUAGGUCAGAGGACUAUCCAGGUUGAGAACUCUCAUAUAAUCCUGACUGGCUGUGGAGCCCUCAACAAGGUGCUUGGACGGGAAGUUUAUACCUCCAACAACCAGCUGGGUGGGAUCCAGAUAAUGCACAACAACGGAGUGACGCACAGCACCGUGUGUGAUGAUUUUGAAGGAGUCUACACUAUUCUGCAGUGGCUUUCCUACAUGCCAAAGAGUGUAUACAGCCCUGUUCCUAUCCUCAAAGUCAAGGAUCCUAUAGACAGAACCAUUGAGUUUGUUCCUACCAAGACUCCCUAUGAUCCUCGCUGGAUGCUGGCUGGACGCCCAAACCCAAGUCAGAAAGGACAGUGGCUAAGUGGUUUCUUUGACAAUGGCUCGUUCCUGGAGAUCAUGCAGCCCUGGGCGCAGACAGUUGUGGUUGGUAGAGCAAGGCUGGGAGGAAUACCUGUAGGAGUAGUUGCCGUAGAAACGAGAACGGUGGAGCUCAGCAUCCCUGCUGAUCCUGCAAACCUGGACUCUGAGGCCAAGAUAAUCCAGCAGGCUGGUCAGGUGUGGUUCCCUGACUCUGCCUUUAAGACUGCGCAGGCUAUCAAUGACUUCAACAGAGAAGGGCUGCCGCUGAUGGUCUUCGCUAACUGGAGAGGCUUCUCUGGAGGAAUGAAAGAUAUGUAUGACCAGGUGCUCAAGUUCGGUGCCUACAUUGUGGAUGGCCUGAGAGAGUAUCGUCAGCCCGUGCUUAUUUACAUCCCACCACAAGCAGAGCUGAGAGGUGGAUCCUGGGCUGUGAUUGACCCUACCAUUAAUCCUCGUCAUAUGGAGAUGUACGCAGACCGAGAAAGCAGAGGAGGAAUCCUGGAACCAGAGGGGACGGUAGAAAUCAAAUUCCGCAGGAAGGAUUUGGUGAAGACGAUGAGGCGAGUGGACCCCGUAUACAUCCGCCUGGCAGAGCGGCUCGGUACCCCUGAGCUGAGCCCUGCUGACCGAAAAGAGCUGGAGACCAAGCUGAAGGAGCGGGAGGAAUUCCUGAGCCCCAUCUACCACCAGGUAGCCAUGCAGUUUGCCGACUUGCACGACACGCCCGGCCGGAUGCAGGAGAAGGGUGUCAUAACGGACAUUCUAGACUGGAAAACUUCCCGUACCUUCUUCUACUGGAGAUUAAGACGCCUUCUUCUAGAAGAUGUGGUAAAAAAGAAGAUCCAUGAUGCCAAUCCUGAGCUGACCGACGGGCAGAUCCAGGCUAUGCUGAGACGCUGGUUUGUGGAGGUUGAAGGGACAGUGAAGGCGUACUUAUGGGACAGCAACAAGGACCUGGUGGAGUGGCUGGAAAAACAGCUCACGGAGGAAGAAGGCGUUCGCUCCGUUGUGGAUGAAAACAUCAAAUACAUCUCACGGGACUACAUCCUCAAGCAGAUCCGGAGCCUGAUCCAGGCCAAUCCAGAGGUUGCCAUGGAUUCCAUAGUGCACAUGACCCAGCAUAUAUCACCCACCCAGCGAGCUGAGAUCGUGCGGAUCCUCUCCACAAUGGACUCGCCUUCUUCAACGUAAGAGCAUUGAUUCCCCCCACUCCCCCUGCCCGGUACAGUGGAGGGAAAAAAAAAGCAGCUCAGAAUUGCCCUUUGUCUGCUCGACUGUGACCACUGUACUGAGACGGGGAGGCUCAGGGAAAUGCUGGAAGAGUGACAUUUUUAUUUUUUCAAAUCAGACUGACCAGAGGAAGUGUUUUCUUUGGCCAGGGACACGAGGAAAAUGUAUAAACACAAGCGCCUGCGGAAUUGAGUUACAGCUGUCUAACUGUACCUUAUUUAUUUAACAAAGCGUGACUGGACCAAUGCAUCAGUUCGCUGUUGGGCUGCCACCCGAAAGCACUACAGCCAGGCAAUGAAGGGCGCUCCAGCACCCUGAGGGCUUGGCACAGCAAAGCAGGGGCUCGUUUCAGUGACACCCCUGCGCCCUGCCUGCUUCUCUUUCGACACCUGCAGCGGCAGCUUUGUGCUGACAAGUGCCAAUGUUUCCCCCUGCGAGAGCCCUGCUGCAGCCGAGGAUGGGCUCUGCCUCCCAGCACCAGGUGGGAGCCCAGCAUCCUCCUGCCUGGCAGCCUGUGGGUGAGUGGAGCCCACCACCGAGCCAGCCCGCUCGUCUGUCAGCCAGCGCUGACCGCUGUUGCAAACGUCUUGUUACUUAGUAGUAGAGGAAAAAGAGCACUGACAGUGGUGCGGGCAGGCAGGCUGCGGGGAAGGCUUCCCGGGACUGCGAAGGUGGUGGGGCAGGAUGCUGGAGCCUGAGUCUCCACUGGCUUUGCCUUGGUGCCCAGUUCCUUUAGAACAGGUCAGUAACUUGUGUGCAAGGCCCCAGCAGGAGGCCUAGAAGGAGACCUGUGAAAGAGGAGACCAAAAGGUGGCUGUGGAGCCUUUCUGCUCUUCCUUCCCUGCUUGUUUUGAGUGUGACAGGCAUGGUCAGCCCCACUGUCACAUGCCGAAUUGUGGCAUCUUUUAGGUUGGAAAAGACGUUUAAGAUCAUCAAAGCCAAAUUAACCCAGGACUGCCAAGCCCACCACUGCGCCACAUCCACACGGCUUUUAAACACCUCCCAGGAUGGUGACCCCACCGUGUCCCCUGUGCCUGUGCUUGGCCCCCCCAGUCAGUGGAGAAAUGUUUCCCCAAACCUCCCCCGGUGCAACCUGAGGCCGUUUCCUCUUGUCCUGUCGCUUGUCCCCUGGGAGAAGAGAUGGGCACCCCCCUGCCCACAGCCCCCCGUCAGGCAGCUGCAGAGAGCGUAUGGUCUUCAUGCAAGUGCUGGUCCCUUUCAUACGAGUAGGUAGCUGAAGCAGAAGCAGCCAGAGCCUGCCAAGGUAAGGGAGGGAAAGGACAAAGCAAACAUCCCAGUGGGUUAGAACGUGAAAGGACAUCCCUGUCCAAUGCAGCUGAGCGAAGUUUUUCUCCGUUGCCCACCUCUGCCGCGGAGCUGGCUCCAGCAGCUGGGGAGGGGCUGCUGUUACCGUGCAGGAAGGUGGCAAUAUAAGAAAAGUUAUUUCUGGUGCUCCCAGCCCAGCGGUCACCCUGCAGGCGGUCAGGAAGAGCUGGCUCCGGGGCAGGUAAGUGCAGCGCCAGCACUGAGCCAGGCUCCGGGCCGGAGGUGGGGCAGGGGCGUAGGUCGCCGCAGGCUGCCCCCAGCCUGGCUGCCCGAUUUCUACACUUCUUUUAUUUCCAUGGGUAUCCUGAAUGAAAUACCAGAGAGGGUGGAGCUCUGGAGGGAAGCACAGUCAGCCCCUAAUACAUAGAUACUGUUAUGGAACCUGCUUGGGGUCGUACUGGAGAGCUUACACCAAUAAUUGUCUUAAAGGUAUUUCAGAUGUUACAAUUCCUCUUUUAGUACAGCACGAAUCGGAAGGGACGUUUUUAUGAGGAUGAAUUAAUGAUGACGCCAGUGCCUCACACCUGUACUGUCUCCUUCUGAAGCGCAGUGCAGCCGGAGGUGCAGCACUGGGGUCACUGCUCUCCUCCCCAGCGGCACGUGCAGCAGUGGUGCAGCCCUGCCCCGUGGAGCUCUCUCAUCUGAAGGACUGGCUUUUUCUUAAUAGUUAAGAACCCUAAUUUGAUCUAAAAGACCUUUUUUCCCUACCAGAGCCCCCUGAACAACCCCCAAAGAUGUUUUUAUGCCCAUGUGGCCUGCAGCAGGACACACAGGACAGAGAAUGUGUCAGCCAGGCAGGACGGCUGGGAGGCAUCGCGGUGCAGGUGACAUGUUGGGCUCCUCCUCUGCUGUCACCAGUAUUUCCUAUAUGGUGGUGUCACAAGUCAGUCCCUUAUCCAGGACAUCCGCAGGUGUUAUGGGAAAUGUCCCAGUGCCCACGGGUCUGUCCUUCUGCCUGGGGUGGGAGCUGUCGCUGCCGAGAGCAAACCCCUCUGGUCAGUGUUACAGGCGCUGGGUCAGGCUCCACUUCAUACUGGGGUAAAGGAGCUCCAAAAACCAGCCGCUGGGUAACAGCCGUGCUGGCCUGGGGUCCCAGUGCGGCUCGAGCCCUGGGGAGCCCCGCAGAGGGCCGGGCCUGCAGGAACGCCUGGCACCGGCACCGGCUGAUGUCCCAGCCCUUCCCCCCAGCCCCGGCGCCGCAGGCGUGUGGGUCUGUUGCCCAGCGGGGCAGGGGUGGUGCAGAAACUGCCCUCGGUACACACAGUUCUCGCUGGUGCUGAAGUAUUUCACUUACCUCAAUUUCUUUUAAUAAAAAGAAUGAAUUACA